GGAGGCUCCGCCCCGCGACAUGUGCCACUGCCUCCACCGCCCGCAGGAGGAGGGACGCCCGGGCUGCUGCGGCGGCCCCCGGCAGCGCCGGGUGCCUGAGUGUCGUUAUGAACCUGCACCAGGUGCUGACGGGGGCCGUGAACCCCGGGGAUAACUGCUUCUCCGUGGGGAGCUUGCACGACCAGCCGUUCACGGCGUAUGCAUCAGGAUGCGAUAUCGUUGUAUUAGGAACCGACUUUGAAAGAUUACAGAUAAUCCCAGGAGCAAAACAUGGAAACAUUCAAGUGGGAUGUGUGGACUGUUCAAUGCAACAGGGAAAGAUUGCAGCUUCGUAUGGAAAUGUGGUUUGUAUCUUUGAGCCAGUUAGUCUCUUGAAGCAGAGCAGCAGACAUCAUAACCAGUUGCAUUAUCAGUGGCAGAAGAAUGCUCAAAUCUUACUGGAUGGUAUAGCACAUAAUUUAACGUGGGAUCCCACAGGCACACGCCUUUUGACUGGUUCCAGUUGUCUUCAGCUUUGGUCCAAUGUUCCUUUGGAGAGCUCAUCUGACAAUGACAGCACUGACAGAACAGAUGUUGGAGAAUGGAGGUGUAUCUGGCAAUGCAAUACUGCCUCUCAAGUUUGUUUAAUGAAAUUCUCACCAGAUGGGGAGUUUUUUGCUACUGCUGGAAAGGAUGAUUGUCUUGUGAAAGUGUGGUACAAUACAGACAACUGGCGAUCGUCUGUAACAUCACCAAGUGCAAGUCCAGGAAAACAAGCACAAGAAGUUGAUUUUUCAUUUGUUUACUUGGCCCAUCCUCGAUCAGUAAAUUCAUUUUCAUGGAGGAAGACAAGCAAAUUCAUGCCACGUGGUGCUGUCUGCAAUGUACUCCUGACUUGCUGUAAGGAUAACGUUUGUCGUCUCUGGGCAGAGACUUUGUUACCAAGUGAUAGUCUGUUGUAUGGUGGAGGACAUAACAAUUGGACUGAAGCAGUGAACUUCACAAAUAGUUUCAAGAGAAAUACUUCAAGUAAGGAACGAAUGCAAAAUGCAUUAGAGUUAAACCUGAGGCACUUUCGGCGAGGAAGAAGGAGGUCAGGUGCUGUUGUUGCACAUACUGGAUGCUCUCCACAUCAGCAAGAUCCUCAUGAAGUUCACAGGAACAUUGCUCCUCAUGCAAAUGCACUCUGUCACUUCCAUAUUGCUGCCAGCAUCAAUCCAGCAACAGAUAUUCCUCUGCUCCCUUCUAUCACAUCUCUGAGUCUUGGUGAAAACGAAGAAAAGAGUGGACCCUUUGUUGUGCACUGGCUGAACAAUAAAGAACUUCAUUUUACCUUAUCCAUGGAAGUAUUUUUGCAGCAGCUUAAAAAGAAUUUUGAACAUCAUUCUCCUGAGACAAAUACUGAGGAAUCCAGUCAGAUGGAUGUAAGAUCAGAAGAAGAAACUGAUGAAAAUGGAGAUGAACAGAAAGGAAAUGAAGAGAAGAAGGAACUGGGUGAUGAGAAGACUACUCCAGCAUCAAGCCUUGUUCCUUUAUCUUCUGCUGUUGUAGAUCACGAAGUUGAACUAUUGCUUUCUGAAUGGAGUAAAAAUGCUGAUAUGCUAUUUAGUAUACAUCCUAUGGAUGGUUCACUGCUAGUAUGGCAUGUAGACUGGCUGGAUGAAUACCAACCUGGCAUGUUUCGACAGGUGCAGGUGUCUUUUGUUUCAAGGAUUCCUGUAGCAUUCCCAACGGGUGAUGCAAACUCUCUUUGCAGAAGUAUAGUGAUGUAUGCAUGUACCAAAAAUGUUGACUUGGCUAUUCAGCAAGGCAGACAAAAGCCUCCUGGCCUUACACGAUCUUCAUCUAUGCUCAUCUCUUCUGGGCACAGUAAAUCAACCAACAGUUUAAAACUGAGUAUUUUCACACCCAAUGUUAUGAUGAUUUCCAAACAUGCGGAUGGGUCUUUGAAUCAAUGGCUCGUGAGUUUUGCUGAAGAAUCUGCUUUUUCAACUGUAAUUAGUAUUUCACAUAAAUCGAGAUACUGUGGUCACCGUUUUCAUCUUAAUGACUUGGCUUGCCAUUCAGUAUUACCACUGCUGCUUACAACCUCACAUCACAAUGCUCUAAGUUCACCAGACGUUGAGAAUGCGAAACAGGCAAACGAUUCUUUAAAGUCUCAGGAGUCAUCAGUAAGACUUCAGGGUAGAGGCAAUGCAAAUGUAACAUCCCAGGAUCCCAAUGCAGUUUACAGUGAACUUAUUCUUUGGAGAGUUGAUCCUGUUGGGCCACUGUCCUUUUCUGGUGGAGUUUCUGAACUUGCUCGGAUAAAUUCUCUCCAUGUUUCAGCUUUUUCUAAUGUUGCAUGGCUGCCUACUCUUAUACCCAGCUAUUGCCUUGGUGCAUACUGUAAUUCUCCAAGUGCCUGCUUUGUGGCUAGUGAUGGACAGCAUUUGAGAUUGUAUCAAGCUGUAAUAGAUGCCAAAAAACUUCUGUGUGAGCAAUCCAAUCCAGAGAUUUCUAAGUACGUUGGUGAAGUUUUUAACAUCAUAAGUCAGCAAUCUACUGCUCGUCCAGGAUGUAUCAUUGAGUUGGAUGCCAUCACAGAGCCGUUCCUAAGAACUUUUUCUUGUACUCAUUUUUGUAAUAUAAGUGCCAUGUUACAAAGUCAUGGCAGGAAAACACAAUUAUUCCAUGUUUUUCAAGAAGACUUCAUUUUAAAUAACCAAGAGAAAGGAACACUUGAUAAGAAGAAUAAUGUAGCGGAUUCUGGAAAACAGAAAAAUGGAUUCUCUGAAAAAUUCUACUUAAUAGUAGUAGAGUAUACUCAAAACCAUUCAUUACUGCAUAUGUGGCAUUUACAUUUGAAGUCAGUUCCAGUCUCAGUAGAUGACAAGAUAGAUUCAAAUACUCCUGAAGCAACAACACAAACAGAAGAGUCGUAUUCUUCACCAGAUCCAGAGAAGAUUCAGUCACCUUUCACACAGAAGUAUCAGGCCUGUAGAGCAAACCUUCAGAGCACAAGCUGGCUCACUCUGUCUUCAAAAAUGGUGUAUAGCCAAGAGCUGAGUUUGCCAGAAGGAGUGGAGAUAAUAAGUGUUAAGCCUUCAGCAGGACAUCUGAGUAGUUCUUCCAUAUACCCCGUUUGUCGUGCACCUUAUCUGCUGGCUACUUCAUGCACAGAUGGAAAAGUUCGAUUCUGGAGAUGCAGGGUGACCACUGAAUCAUCAGUUUCUUCCAUGCCAGAAUCAAAAGUACACAGUGAUGUAACAUACAUAUGGGAAGAAUGGCCAUUACUGAUUGAGGAUGGACUUCUUAGUAGUAGUGCUAUUAAUGUUCCAGGAAGGCCGACUGAAGUUAGUUGUGCACACACAAACCGAUUAGCUGUAGCGUACAAGCAGGUAACAUCUAAAAAUAGCCACCUUUCUCAAGACUUUGUUAUGCAUGUUAGUAUAUUCGAAUGUGAAUCUACAGGGGGUUCUUCUUGGGUUCUGGAACAGACUCUUCAUUUAGAUGAGAUAGGCACUAUGUUAGACUCUGCUGUUAGUAUUGAUAGUAAUUUAGUGGCAUACAACAGACAAGAGGUUUCUCUCUCAUGUGGUAAUGUUAUUCCGAGCACUAAGCACUUAGUACACUUAGAUUGGAUGUCUAGGGAGGAUGGUUCGCACAUUCUGACAGUUGGAAUUGGAUCAAAACUUUAUAUGUUUGGCCAGCUGUCUGGGAAAAUGCAAGAACAAAAUGGUAAGGAGACCGUAGCAAUCUCCCAUAUUGGCAGUACUACCACGAAGGCUACAAACUUUUCUAGGUUUGUUCUGCUGCGUUCUGUUGACUUGGUUUCUUCCGUAGAGGGAUCACCUCCUUUUCCAGUCUCCCUGUCUUGGGUACGUGAUGGCAUUCUUGUAGUUGGAAUGGAUUGUGAAAUGCAUGUUUAUUCACAGUGGCAACCUCCUGCCAAGCAGGGUCUAGUUAGCACAGAUUCCUGCAGUAUGCCAAGUAUAACUAGCUUAAUGAAAGAAAGCCAGUCAGCUGCCUCUGGUCUGCCUCCACCAAAGCGAACCUUGACCAGAUCUAUGACCAGCCUUGCACAGAAACUUAGUGGGAAAAGAUCUGCCUUUGAUCUGUCUGCAGAAAUGGAAGACUCUGGUCUUUUUGAAGCAGCUCAUAUGUUAUCUCCCACUUUACCUCAGUACCAUCCACAUCAACUGUUAGAACUCAUGGAUCUUGGUAAAGUACGUAGAACAAAAGCCAUUCUGUCCCAUCUAGUGAAGUGCAUUGCUGGAGAAGUUGUUGCUAUAAAUGAAUCUGAACCUAAUCAUGAUAGGAGACUUAGAUCUCUGACCAUCAGUGCUAGUGGAAGUACUUCACGAGAUCCCAAAACAUUCAGCAAAACGGAGACUACAGACUAUAUUGAAAUAGACUCUGUUCCACCAUUACCGUUGUAUGCUCUGCUUGCAGCAGAUGAUGAUUCCUCUCAUUCCUGUUCAGAAAAGUCUCAUAGUCAAAAUAGUCAAAGUAAAAAUGAUAUGCCCAAGGACAAUUAUGAAGAUCUCUUUCAAAAUUCUGUUAUAAGUACAGAUGAACUUGUAACAUUUGAUGCAGAGGAAGACGGUGAGAAACCAAAAGUAAUUGAUCUUUCACAAUUUAGCCCAACUUACUUUGGACCAGAGCAUGCCCAAGUUCUAUCUCGUCACUUGCUUCAUUCAAGCUUGCCAGGCCUGACUAGAAUGGAACAGAUGUCAUUGAUGGCCUUGGCAGAUACUAUUGCUACCACCAGUACUGACAUUGGAGAAAGCAGGGACAGGAGCCAGGGUGGAGAAACUCUUGAUGAGUGUGGUUUAAAAUUUUUAUUAGCUGUUCGACUUCACACAUUUCUAACAACUUCACUUCCUCCAGUUCAUCGAGCUCAACUGCUUCACCAAGGCUUAUCUACCAGUCAUUUUGCCUGGGCAUUUCAUUCAGUAGCAGAAGAAGAACUACUGAGCAUGCUCCCUGCAAUGCAGAAAGGGGAUCCAACAUGGUCAGAACUCAGAGCUAUGGGUGUAGGAUGGUGGGUUCGAAAUAUCCAUAGCCUACGGAAAUGCAUAGAAAAGGUAGCCAAAGCAGCCUUUCAACGAAACAAUGAUCCACUUGAUGCAGCCAUUUUUUACCUUGCAAUGAAAAAGAAGGCUGUGAUCUGGGGAUUGUAUAGAUCACAGAAAGACACCAAAAUGACACAGUUUUUUGGAAACAACUUCACUGAGGACAGAUGGCGUAAAGCAGCUUUAAAAAAUGCUUUCUCUUUGCUUGGCAAACAGCGUUUUGAACAUUCUGCAGCAUUUUUCUUGCUGGCAGGACACUUAAAAGAUGCCGUGGAGGUCUGUCUUGAAAAACUGAAUGACAUUCAAUUGGCUCUUGUAAUUUCAAGGCUUUAUGAGUCAGAAUUUGAAGUCUCUAGUACUUAUAAAUCUGUAUUACAGAAGAGAAUUUUGGGAAGUGUGUUUUCUGGAAAGGAGAGCACAGGAAACAUGUACAGUGAUCCUUUUCUGCGAAGUAUGGGUUACUGGAUUUUGGAAGAUUAUAGCAAGGCUCUUGACACUUUGAUUAAACAUUCUGUUGAAGACGAAGAAGAUGUAGGAGCUGGCUCAGCAAGCUGUAAUCCUGCAGUGUUUAAUUUCUACAACUACUUAAGAACACAUCCUCUCCUGUUGAGACGUCAUUUUGGCUCUUCUGAUGCCUCUUCCACACACAUGUGCCUAACAGUGGAAAAUGGAUUAGCUGACAAAAUCAAUCUAGAUGAAAGACGGCUUUUCUUCACCACUGCAUAUGCUCAUUUAAAAGCUGGUUGUCCUAUGUUGGCCUUAGAAGUGUUAUCAAAGAUGCCCAAAGUUGUCAAGAGGUCAAAGCCAUUCUGUAGAUCCCCCAGCUUAAUGGAUACUAGUAAAGAUUUCUCACCAUCUUCCCCUCUUAAAGAGUUGGAAAUAAAAGACGAGUCUUCCAGUAUUGAUUGGUCACAGCCAACUUUGAAUGAUCUAGGGUCUUCUUCAGACUGUUCCUCAGGAAAACAUUCAAGUUCAACUCUUUCAUUUGACUGGAGCCAACCAAAUAUAAUAAUCCACGAUGAAGGCUUGAAGCUACAGUUAGACAGUGAUGAAGGUGGUGAGAAUGAAGAUUCUUCCCUGGUAAUGAAAGAGCUAAAACCUUUGAAGAAAAGUGAAAAAUCUUAUGAAACAAGUUCUAGCUACACAGGAUCUUUUAGUGUAGUUGAUGAAAAAGAUAUCCUAAGCCCUUCAGAAGAUAUAAUUUCUGCACAGCUGAAGUUUAGGGCAUGCCUGAAAAUUCUUACAGUAGAGCUUCGUACACUGUCCACUGGUUGUGAGGUAGAUGGUGGAAAAUUGAGGUAUCAGCUUUAUCAGUGGCUUGAAAGAGAAGUCAUAGCUCUUCAAAAAACCUGUGAUUAUAAUGUUGAAAUAGAUGAAAUACCAUCUGAAAUUAGCAUGAUGCCAGAGGAAGUUGUAUUACAUGGAAAUACUGUAGACUUAACUGACCAGCAAAAGAACAAGCUACAGAAAGUAAACUUUCAGAAAAGGCGUCAGUGGCUUCUGAAAUACCAGUCUCUCCUACGAAUGUUCCUUAGUUACUGUGUUCUCCAUGGCUCUCAUGGUGGUGGUUUGGCAUCUGUUCGAAUGGAGUUAAUUCUGCUGUUGCAGGAAUCUCAGCAGGAACAGUCAACACAGAUACCAUCCAGCCCUCUUCUAGAGCAAAGCUCCGUGCCUCUCCUAUUUGCUUGCACAGCCAGUGCCAAAACAGUGGUGGCUAAUCCACUGUUGCAUCUUGGUAACUUAACUCAUGAUAUAUUACAUGCCAUAAUAAACCUUGACUCACCGCCUCAUCCAGAUACUCAGAAUAACAAGAUAUAUGUGAUGCAUAACUUAGCAGCAUCACUUUCUGCUUGCAUCUACCAAUGUCUUUGUGAUGGCCACAGCUACAGCUCAUUUCAAGCAAAUCAGUUUACUGGAACAGUUUAUCAGACAGUGCUGUUAACUCAGCGCCAUUCUCUAAGAUCAACAUUGGAAGAAACAGUGACUCCUAAUACAUCACCAGCUCAGUGGCCAGGAAUCACAGCUCUAGUACGUCUCUUGAAUUCUGCUGGUGAAGAAGCCCAGCCAGGACUCACAGUCUUACUUUGUGAAAUUCUAACUGCAGUCUAUCUGAGUCUCUUCAUCCAUGGCCUAGCAACGCAUUCUAGUAAUGAGUUGUAUAGAAUUAUGGCUCAUCCACUUAACAACAAAAUGUGGUCUGCAAUCUUUGGAGGAGGAGCUCAUACACCUAUCAGUGGACAACAGCAGUUAAAGACAAAAACUGGUAGGCACUUCCCAAUGCCUAGCCCACAUCAGGUAGUAGUGUUCUCCAUGGAAUGCGUGGGGUUUUCGAAAUCCCUUACUACCUUCAGUACUCAUAGUCCUACCAAGUCUGCAGAUGAUGGAGAGAAACAGCAAAAACGUUUCAAGCCUUCAUCAAAAACCUCUCUGAAGGAGAGUUCUCAGGUACCUGCUGUGCCAUGGUUAGACCAAGAAUCUCCACCUGACAAAGAAAGAUUUAUUCCUCCUGAGCUUAGUAUUUGGGAUUAUUUCAUUGCAAAGCCGUUUCUUCCAUCACAAAGUAGAGCGGAGUAUGACUCAGAAGAGAGUCAGGAGAGUGAUGAAGAUGAUGAUGAUAUUGAUGGAGAUGCAUUUGCAGCAAAUUCACAUAAUCAGGAGCAUUCAAAUGCUAAUUCAUACAGUUGGUCACUGAUGCGAUUGGCAAUGGUUCAGCUGGUUCUUAACAACUUGAAGAUUUUCUAUCCUUUGGCUGGACACGAUCUCUCAGAGCUUCCAGUUAGUUCACCAGUAUGCCAUGCAGUUCUGAAAACACUACAGCGCUGGGAACAAGUUCUUCUCCGACGUCUUGAGCUAUAUGGUGGUCCACCUCAACAUUAUAUUUCAGUUCAUGCUUCUGAGGAUGCCCUAGCUGCUGGUCCUGCAUUGCUUCGCCAUAAAACUUUGCUUGAGCCUGCAAACACUCCAUUCAGAUCUAACAGUCAUGUUGCCUUAUCUGUGAAGAGGCUCUGGCAAUACCUGGUUAAACAGGAAGAAGUCCAGGAAACCUUUAUCAGAAACAUUUUUACAAAGAAGCGAUGCUUAAAUGAGUCAUUAGAGGACCAUAAUGAAACCUUGAAAAAUUCUGUGGCAGAGGAACCCAUCAUCAAUAAGAUAGAAACAGAUUUGGGAUACCCAGGAGGCAAGGCAAGAAUAAUUCACAAAGAGUCUGACAUCAUUACUGCUUUUGCAGUCAAUAAGGCAAAUCGGAACUGCAUUGCAAUAGCAUCAAGUCAUGACAUUCAAGAAUUAGAUGUUUCUGCGAUACUGGCUACACAGAUCUACACCUGGGUUGAUGAUGAUGCUGAAAUAGAAAAUAAAGGGGCUGAUGAUUUCUUAGUUAUACAUGCUCGUGAUGAUCUGGUAAAUGUUCAGGGAACCACUCCUUAUACUCACAGUAAUCCUGGCACACCCAUUAAUAUGCCUUGGCUCGGUAGUACGCAAACUGGCAGGGGUGCAUCUGUGAUGCUCAAGAAGGCUAUAAAUAAUGUCAGAAGAAUGGCUUCUCAUCCAACAUUGCCAUAUUAUCUGACAGGUGCUCAAGAUGGCAGUGUAAGAAUGUUUGAAUGGGGUCAUGCGCAGCAAAUCACGUGUUUUCGGUCUGGUGGCAACUCAAGGGUAACUCGAAUGAGGUUCAAUUACCAAGGAAAUAAGUUUGGAGUUGUUGAUGCUGAUGGAUAUAUAAGUUUAUACCAAACCAAUUGGAAAUGUUGCCCACUUACAGGAACCACACCGAAACCAUAUUUGACCUGGCAGUGUCAUAACAAAACAGCCAAUGAUUUUGUUUUCAUCAGUUCAUCGUCUUUGAUAGCCACAGCUGGAUUGUCUUCUGACAAUAGAAAUAUUUGUCUUUGGGAUACUUUGGUUUCCCCUACAAAUAGUUUGGUUCAUGCUUUUGUCUGUCAUGAUAGUGGAGCAACUGUUCUAGCAUAUGCUCCAAAACAUCAGCUGUUAAUCUCUGGAGGGAGGAAAGGCUUUACGUGUAUAAUUGACCUUCGCCAAAAGCAGCAGCAGCAGUUACUCCAAAGUCAUGAUUCUCAAGUCAAAGCAAUUGCUGUCGAUCCUACAGAAGAGUUUUUUGUCACAGGAUCUGCUGAAGGCAACAUAAAGGUGUGGAGUCUGUCUACGUUUAAUCUUCUGCACACUUUCAUCAACGAGCAUUCUCGACAGUCUCUGUUCAGAAACAUUGGGACAGGAGUCAUGCAAAUCGAGACGGGACCAGCAAAUCACAUAUUCUCCUGUGGUGCUGAUGGAACAGUAAAGAUGAGAAUCUUGCCCGAUAGAUUCAGCCCAUUUAACGAAGUGUUAAAAAAUGAUGUGAAAUUCUUGAUGUAAUUUUUUUUUUUCUCAGAGCAGUGUGUAACAUUUACCUUCUGCCAUCCCUGAAAAUAUUUUUCCUGAAACUAGUCAACAAAGCAGAUGUACAAUGAUAGCUUGUGCCACAAAUAUGCUUUUUUUUUUCUUUUUUUUUUUUAUUUCACAUAUUUAUUACUUAGAUCCUUUAGUCACUUCAGAUUCUGAUUGUUGCCUAAAAUAUAUGCAGGACUCUGAGUUAUCUGUUUAUAAUAUAAUUAAGAUGUUCCUGAGGUGGUUUACUCUUCCUUUUAGGUAGUUAUGUUCCUGCCUGGAGUGUACCAUCUGGACAUAGUCUGUGUUCAACACCUGGCCUUCUUCUGAAAGUAGGUCCAGAUGGGAACCCUAGAUAAUGUUAUUCUCUCACUGUGGCAACCUUAGCUGUAUCUCUACUUGUGUAGUUGGCCAACAAUAAAAAUUUAUAUGUAUGUGUGGGGAAAAAAAGCAGUCUAUUUUAGUAGAUACUCCUGCUGUAUCAGAAACUGGCCAUGCAGAUAUUAAUGUGAGCCACUGUCUCUCUCCAUUCCUGGAAUCCAGGCUGUUUACCUCCUUAACUCACUCUGUCUCUUUCCUAUGAUCUAGGGUAUGAGAAACUGAAGAAUGUUCUGUGACUUCUCUUCUGUUCCAUAGCUUGACUGACUGCCAUCAGGAUGGCAGACUUAGCUUUUAAAAAAGAAAUAUAUUUUUAACCCUGAACACUCCCUUUACAAAAAUAAUGUACAUAUUAAUGGAAAUCUUCUUAUUAAAAUGGUCAAGAUUAUUUGUGAAGCUUUAGUCUUGAUGAAGAAGUAUGGGAAGAUAACAACUUUAGAAUAUUGCAUUAGAAUCUCCUCAAAGAAUAUUUAUUUGCAUGUCUGUAGAGGAAAAAAACAGAAAAAAUGCUAAUUUAUUUUUUACAUUUUUUCCAGUAACACUUUAUGUAGCCCAAAGAUACUCAGUUCAUUCUUAGCACUUAACGUUUUUGUUUGUCUGCUUUUCCUAAGUACUUUACAGAAGUUAAAAGGAAGAAAAAAAAUCAGGAGCAAAGUACUUUAAUGCUGUCAUUCUUUGUAUUGUACGUUUACAUCUGGUUUAAAAUGAAAGGAAAAUAUAUUGAAAAGGAUACAUCUUUUUUUUAAUUAUUGUUAUUAUUGUUAUUAUUUUUUUAAUCAAUUUUUUUUUUUUGCCAAAAUAUUAAACUGCGUAACUUAAAAGUGUUUGACCAAAAUAUUGGUUCUGUAUUUUGGUUUAUUUUUCCUGGCCUGUUUCAGAACUUGAGCGUAUGACAAAGAUUUAAUUUGUAAACUGGGUGUUAGGCUGGGUUACUUGAAUGCCAGUGGUGUACUUUUUACUAAAAGAUAUUUUGUGACAUAGAGCACCAAGAUAGAUACUAAAUGUAAAAUAAACUCGUCGGAUUAGGAACCAUGGGGAUAAAUAAAGCAUAGUAGAAGUGAAGGGCUUGUAAAAUGAACUUUGUAACGUUCUCAGGAUGCUUUUAUCUUAAAAAUAUAAAAUCGUUUAAAAAUAUUUUGUAAAUUGCAUUAAGGUCAUCUAAAAUGUAUGUUUCGCAAGUUGCAGUGGAAACACUAUGAGGGUCUUUGUGCACAUAACCUGAAUUUUCGAGUUGUGCAGUAAGAAAGAAUGUGAAUAUUCCGCCAUGAAAAAACAUUGUGACAGCAUUUCAAACUGGUACAGGUGUUCAGUGGCUCAGCUGUCAUUGUUCUUCCACCACUCUUAGCUAUAGAUUAAAAUCAAAAUUGGUAUUAAAACAGUUUAAGUACAGUGAUGGACCAGAGAAGUGACUGAUGAGAAGUGACACCGCCUUACCGAAGAGACUCACUAAUGUGUGUCCUAUCUGCUCAGUGAUCCUAAUAGCUUCUGUUCCUCCUAAACAAGGAAGACAGUGGAAGUUACCCUCAACACACUCCUUCAGAGAAGCAACUGAAACCAGCCUGGGCUUACAGCUGCUUAUAUACAGGUGUUAAUUUUAUGCAACCACUGAAGUAAGUUAUAUUCAGAGAAUGUGCAAAAUGACAAUGACAGCAUUGUAUAAUGAUGUCCCUGAUGUUUCGUUCUUAAAUAUAUCAGAAGAGUAAGGACUACGAGCAGGCGUUUUCAAUGAUGUUUAUAGUUACCAUAAGCUACUCUUAAAACAAUGUAAAAUCACGAUGUAUUUGCCCAUACCUUUAUAAUAUUUCCAAUAAAUCCUGCAGAAACUCAGAAACUCAACCUUCUAGAAUCCCAUGUUGCUGCUACUUCCUUUACAAAUCAGUUGAGCCGCGUGCAUAAUGUUAAUUGAUGUUUAACAAUUGUAAGUCAUUCUGUUGGUAGCUUUCUUGUAAUAAUGGAAUCAAAAUGAGUUUACUUCUGUUGUAACAAAAGCUUUUCAAAGGGGCACUCUCAACUUUAGUCAUUAGGAAAAAUAACAAUAAUGGAGCUUCCAUCUGAUGCCUUAACAGCUUCCAUUGAUACCUGUCUUUUCAGCAAUUAAUGCUUACUCGCUGUUGCUAUGCAAGUUACUCUAAAGGUUGACAUCGGCUGCCCAGGGAUCUGUGUAUGAGGUAGCUGUAUACAGAAAUUGAACUUAUCACUUCACAAGUAUUUGAUCUCCUGUAACUUUAUGUCCAGACAAAAUAACUUGGUUGACAAUGUCCCUUUUUAAUAUCAUAGCCUAAUAAUUGUGGCUGGUGUUGGUCCAUGUAGCAACACAUGUCGCAGCUGGGUUUUAAUUCUUGUCCUGUUGAUUCAGUUACUUCAAACAAAUUUGUGAUACAAGUUCUUCGCUGUUACUGCAGUAACUUCUGAGAGUUAAACUCUGGCCAUCUGGGUACUUAAACUGGCUUCCUGUGUGACUUGUAAAGCAGGUAAUUCUCAGCUGAUGUUGCAGAAUGUUCACGGAGGGGUGAAGCAAGCGGAAUAGACUUAGGUUUUGUACCACGCUGCUAUGGCACAGGCUGAGUUUAGGUGUUCUGGUGCGUUAUAGAAACCUCGCUGCCACUUGCAGGAAAUAAACUUUUGGGGAUAUUCUAUGUGAGGUACCAUUCCCUUCCUCCUAAGGGCACCCGUUGUUAGAUUAGUUGCAAUAGUUAUGAAAAUAAAUAAUAAUAAAUGCAAACAUGAUUACAAGGAAAUAAGCUUGGAGACUGGAUAUGUUCUCCAAGAUGUUUUUGUUUUUUUUUUCCAAAUGUUUAUUUUUACUAAAAGUAGCAAAACAGCCUCUAAUGGCGGGUUCAGCACACUGAUCAAAUACUUUAUAUAAAUAAAGAUAACUGAUUUAACAA